CGCGACUCGCCUCGUCCAGCUCUGCUCUGCCCUCGACUGCCCAGCCCAGUGCCGCAGUGCCCCUCGCCACCGCAGGCGGCCAUGGCGGCGCUCGCUCGCUUCCUUGUCACCGUCCUCGCUGCCGCGCUUGCCACAAACGUUGCGGGGGCGGGCGAGGUGGGCGUGAACUACGGGAGGGUGGCGAACGACCUGCCGGACCCGGGGGCGGUGGUGAACCUGCUCAAGCAGAACGGCAUCACCAUGGUGAAGCUGUACGACGCCAACCCCAAGGUGCUGGCGUCGCUGGCCAACACCGGCAUCAAGGUGAUGGUGAUGCUUCCCAACGAGGAGGUGGCCGCCGCGGCCGCGGACCCGGCCUACGCGCUCCGGUGGGCGCGGGCUAGCGUCGCGGCGUACCGCCCCGCCACGCAGAUCCACGCCGUGGCCGUGGGCAACGAGGUUUUCGACUCCAGGCCGGACCUGAACGCAAAACUCGUCCCGGCCAUGACCAAUGUACAGGCGGCGCUGGCGCAGCUGGGCCUGGCCGACGCCGUGAAGGUGACCACGCCGGUCGCGUUCUCGGCGGUCACGGACUCGUACCCGCCCUCCUCGGGCAGGUUCCGGGACGACAUCGCGCAGACGGUGAUGAAGCCCAUGCUCACAUUCCUGAAGCGGACAGGCUCCUACCUCACCAUCAACAUCUACCCGUUCCUGGCGUACGCCGAUCAUCCCGACCAGAUCUCCCUCGACUACGCCCUGGGGAACGCAAACCCCGGCGAGCGCGGCGACGCCACCGCCGGCCUCCUGGGUGCCGCCCUGCUCGAAAACAACGGCGUGCGUGACGACGACACCGGCCUAGUGUACUACAGCCUCCUGGAUGCCCAGCUCGACGCCACGUACUACGCGAUGGAUGACUUGGGGUUUCCCAGUCUGAGAGCAUAUCUUGGGGAGACCGGGCAUCCGUCGGGAGGAAGAAGACACGGAGGCCGAGGCCGGAGGCACUUGAUGGCCGGGGACGACGAUGUUGCCACGGUGGCCAACGCCCAUGCGUACAUCAACAACGUCAUCAACCGCGUGCUGGCCGGCAACACGGGCACCCCGCACCGGCCUGGCGCCGACAUGGACGUCUACAUCUUCGCCCUCUUCAACGAGAACGAGAAGGGCGCCGGGGCCGACGACGUCGAGCAGCACUUCGGCCUGUUCUACCCCAACAUGCAGAAGGUGUACGACUUCGACUUCCACCACUCCAGCGGCGGCGGAGGAGGAGGAUCAUCAGGCGGCGCGAAGGCGAGCUGGUGCGCGGCGAACGCGGCGGUUGGGGACUCGCGGCUGCAGGCGGCGCUGGACUGGGCGUGCGGCCACGGCGCGGACUGCAGCGCCAUCCAGCCCGGCGCGGCGUGCUACGAGCCCAACACCAAGCUCGCGCAUGCCUCCUAUGCAUUCAACGACUACUACCAGCGCAAAGGUCGGGCCAGCGGGACUUGCGACUUCUCCGGUGCCGCCUACGUCGUCUACCAGGCGCCAGCUAACACCUGCAGCGCAAAGGCGGCGAGCUGGUGUGUGGCGAACACGGCGGUCGGCGACGCGCGGCUGCAGGCGGCGCUGGACUGGGCGUGCGGCAACGGCGCGGACUGCGGCGCCAUCCAGCCCGGCGCGACGUGCUUCGACCCGGACACCAAGGCCGCGCAUGCCUCGUACGCGUUCAACAGCUACUACCAGCGCAAGGGCCGCGCCGCCGGGACGUGCGACUUCGCCGGCGCCGCCUCCGUCGUCUACCAGCCGCCAAAGAUCGGAAGCUGCGUGCUCCCGUCCAGGGCCUGAACUGAACAACAACAGUGAAGUCUGAAUCAUACGCUACCAUCUCAGUAUACGGGACGUGGGGGAUAAAGGCAUAAAACCACUAUGAAGAAGGGUCCAGUUCCACCUUCUUGUUCUACUGCGGAACUAGAAAAUAAACAUGGCACAUGUAAAUUUGCUUUCUGUGCUAGCAUUAAUGCAUCUAUAAACCAUCAGCAAAUGAUCAGUGGCCACAAGCAAAGCAGCAAUAAUUUAAUCUGCACGUUCUCAAUUGUUACUGCA